UUCAUAAUAUAUACGAUAUAGUGAGAUUUGAAAAAUUGAUCGCAUCAUGAAACUUUUAUUAUUAUUAACAAUUACCUUGUUUGCUUCCGUUUAUGGAGCAUCAGUAGCAACAUUCUCACAAGGACGUAUAAUUAAUGGUCGUGAUGCUCAACCACAUGAAGCACCAUAUAUUGUUUCAUUAAAAUCCGGUUUCUGGAUAUUAAAAAGUCAUACAUGUGGUGGUACAAUCAUUUCACCAGAAUGGAUUUUAACAGCUGCUCAUUGUGUUGGUGGUAGUUCAAUUGAUGUUGUAGCUGGAUUACAUGAUCGUAGCCGUGAAUCUGGUACACAAGUUAUAUCAGUUGCCAAAAAAAUUUCUCAUCCAAAAUAUAGUGGUGGUGUUGGCCCAUACGAUAUUGCUUUAUUAAAAUUAUCAAAACCAUUGAAAUUAGAUGAUAAAGUUCAAGUUGCCAAAAUACCAGAACAAGACGGAUUACGUGAAGGUGAUGCUGAUUUAUAUGGUUGGGGUAAAACAUCAAAUGGAAUUUUCCCAAGUUUACCAAAUAUAUUACAAACUGUUCAUACACAUUUAAUUAAUUAUGAUGAAUGUAAAGCUGCUUUACCAAGUGAUGCACCAAUCACUGAUUUAAAUAUUUGUUCUGGAUCAUUAGAUAAAAAUAUUUCAGCAUGUAAUGGUGAUUCUGGUGGUCCAUUAGUACAAAAAUCAGAAGAUGGUACUGAAGUUGUUGGUAUUGUAUCAUGGGGUUAUAUGCCAUGCGGUGAUGAAAAUUUCCCAUCAGUUUAUACUAAAGUAUCAUCAUACUCAGAUUGGAUCCGUGAAAAUAUGAAAUAAAGAAACUAAAUUGCUUUCCUUUGGAAAAAUUUAUAACAAUAUUUAAAUUAUGUGAUUUGUAAAAUGAAUAAAAAAAUAUAGUUAAUUUAAAUUUGAAAAAA